UUACUUGCGUACCCCAUACGUACAUAUUCCAUUGGAUCGAAUUAUUUGGACUUCAAUGAGCAUAAACAACGUACAGGAUACAUAUUUAAAUAUUGAAUAGGACACGGUCUACAUAAUAAUUGUCAGCUGCCACCCCAAAAAGGAGCGCUUCGAGUGACUCUCUUCUUUCGACCAAUUGUCAACUAAAGUAGUGUACUAUAGAUAAUAUUUCGACUCGAUAGUUCACGAAACAUUCAAAAAUGGGGGAAAAAUCUCCCUUAAGAUGCGGGAGGCUGUGGAAACACGUUGUUUUUCUUCUCGUCUCAUCGUCCUUCAUGCUGGCGUUGGCCGAAGAUGAGAGCAUGGGCCCCAUUUUCGUGAAAGAACCGCCUAAUCGCAUAGACUUUUCGAACGGCACUGGUGCCGUGAUCGAAUGCCAAGCGCGAGGCAACCCGCAGCCGGACAUCAUUUGGAUCCGCUCGGACGGAACUGCUGUUGGCGACGUGCCGGGAUUGCGCCAAGUCCUUCCAAACGGUAAUCUGGUAUUUCCGCCAUUCAGAGCCGAAGAUUACCGCCAAGAAGUUCACGCGCAAGUUUACAUCUGCCUGGCAAAAAAUCCCGUCGGUUCUAUUCACAGCCGAGACGUCAACGUUAGAGCCGUCGUCUCGCAGUACUACGAUACCGAUGUGAACAAAGACUACGUGAUCCGCGGCAACUCGAUAGUGAUUCGCUGUGUAGUGCCUUCGUUCGUAGCAGAUUUCGUAACUGUGUUAUCAUGGCACACGGAUCAAGGAGAAGAGUUCGUUAGUCAUCCAGACGGCGAACAAGAUUACGAUGGAAAAUAUCUCGUGCUUCCAUCUGGGGAGCUGCAUAUUAAAGAUGUGGGCCCAGAAGAUGGUUACAAAACCUACCAGUGCCGUACUAAACACAGAUUGACUGGAGAAACAAGACUAUCCGCUACCAAAGGACGACUCGUCAUUACUGAGCCCGUUGGGAGCGCACGUCCGAAAUUUCCUACGAUGGCCGAUUCACAAACGUUUAAAGCUAUGCUCAAUGGCGCCAUGACUCUUCUAUGUCCUGCCCAAGGGUUUCCCGUUCCUAUGUACAGAUGGUACAAGUUCAUCGACGGCACGACCCGUCGUCAGCCAGUGCAGCUAAACGAGCGCGUGCGCCAAGUGAGCGGCACCCUGAUCAUCCUCGAGGCCCAAGUCGAGGACUCGGGCAAGUACCUCUGCGUCGUCAACAACUCGGUGGGCGGUGAGAGCGUCGAGACCGUGCUCACUGUAACCGCGCCCCUCUCGGCCGAGAUCGAGCCCAGGAGCCAGACCAUCGACUUUGGCAGGCCCGCCACCUUCACCUGCAACGUCAAGGGCAACCCCAUCAAGACCAUCUCUUGGCUCAAGGACGGCAAGCCCCUCGGCCACGAGGAGGAAGUCCUUAGGAUCGAGAGCGUCAAGAAGGACGACAAGGGCAUGUACCAGUGCUUCGUGCGCAACGACCAGGAGAGCGCCCAAGCCAGCGCCGAGCUCAAGCUUGGCGGACGAUUCGAGCCACCCCAGAUACGCUCGGCCUUCCACGAGGAGACCCUGCAGCCGGGGCCCAGCGUCUUCCUGAAGUGCAUCGCCAGUGGGAACCCCACGCCCGAAAUCACCUGGGAGCUGGACGGGAAAAAGUUGUCCAACACCGAGCGCUUCCAAGUCGGCCAGUACGUGACGGUGAACGGCGACGUGGUGUCAAACCUCAACAUCUCGAGCAUCCACACCAACGACGGUGGCCUCUACAAGUGCAUCGCUUCCUCCAAGGUCGGCUCAGCCGAGCACUCGGCGCGCCUUAACGUGUACGGGCUGCCGUUCAUCCGGCACAUGGACAAGAAAGCCAUAGUGGCCGGGGAGACGCUGCGGGUCACCUGUCCCGUGGCCGGUCACCCCAUCGAGAGCAUCGUCUGGGAGCGGGACACCAGGGUCCUGCCCAUCAAUCGCAAGCAGAAGGUCUUCCCCAACGGGACCCUCAUCAUCGAGAACGUCGAGCGAAUGACCGACCAGGCCACUUACACCUGCGUCGCUCGCAACGCCCAAGGAUACAGCGCACGGGGCACCCUCGAGGUUCAAGUCAUGGUUCCGCCGAAAUUACUGCCAUUUUCGUUGGGUGACGGGCCGCUUAAUUCGAAUCAGGUAAUAACUGUGCCUUGCGCCGUAAUCGAAGGGGAUCAGCCAUUGUUGCUCAAAUGGACCUUUAACGGCCACUCGAUAUCCCCGCACUCCGGUAUAUCGGUACUGGAUCUUGGCGAACGCGGUGCCAUAUUGAGCAUUGGAUCGGUCCAAGCCUCGCACGCCGGCACCUAUACGUGUACCGUUUCAAAUCCUGGAGGAAAACAACAAUUGUCGGCCGAGCUUAUCGUUAACGUACCCCCACGUUGGAUACUCGAACCUACCGACAAAGCUUUCGCCCAAGGCUCGGACGCGCGCGUCGAGUGCAAGGCCGACGGCUUCCCCAAGCCUCAAGUCACCUGGAAAAAGGCCGCCGGGGACACUCCCGGGGAUUACACGGACCUGAAGCUCAACAAUCCCGACAUCAACGUUGAGGACGGCACCCUCAUGAUCAACAACAUCCAAAAGACGAACGAAGGCUACUACCUGUGCGAGGCCGUCAACGGGAUCGGCUCGGGCCUGUCCGCCGUCAUACUGAUAUCUGUCCAAGCUCCACCGCACUUUGACAUAAAACUGCGCAACCAGACGGCUCGUCGCGGCGAGCCGGCGGUACUGCAGUGCGAGGCCCAGGGCGAGAAGCCGAUCGGCAUACUGUGGAACAUGAACAACAAGAGACUCGACCCGAAGAGCGACUCUCGUUACACCAUAAGGGAGGAAAUAAUGGCCAACGGCGUUCUGUCGGACCUCAGCAUCAAACGGACCGAAAGAAGCGACUCGGCUCUGUUCACCUGCGUCGCGACCAACGCCUUCGGCAGCGACGACACGAGCAUCAACAUGAUCAUCCAAGAGGUGCCGGAGGUCCCGUACGGCCUGAAAGUGCUGGACAAGUCCGGGCGAUCGGUACAACUGUCGUGGGCAGCCCCGUACGACGGCAACAGCCCGAUCAAGCGCUACAUGAUCGAGUACAAGAUAAGCAAGGGCUCGUGGGAGACGGACAUCGACAGAGUCGUCGUGCCUGGCUCCCAGCAGAACGUCGCCGGGGUGUUCAACCUCAAGCCCGCGACGACCUACCACCUGAGGAUCGUCGCCGAAAACGAGAUCGGCACCUCCGAGCCCUCGGACACGGUCACCAUCAUCACCGCCGAGGAAGCCCCCUCGGGCCCCCCUAGCUCCGUCAGGGUCGACGCGCUCGACCAGCACACUCUCAAGGUGUCGUGGAAGCCACCGCCACGGGACGACUGGAACGGGGAGAUUCUGGGGUACUACGUGGGCUACAGGCUGGCCUCCUCCGACAAGCCGUACAUGUUCGAGACGGUCGAGUUCUCGAAGGAGGACGGCAAAGAGCACCACCUGCAGAUCAUGAACCUCAAGACGUACACCCAGUACAGCGUGGUCGUGCAGGCGUUCAACAAGGUGGGCUCGGGCCCGAUGACUGAGGAGCGCAGGCAGCACACGGCCGAGGGUGUGCCCGAGCAGCCGCCCCACGAUACCACCUGCACGACCCUCACCUCCCAGACGAUUCGCGUGUCUUGGUCGUCGCCUCCGUUGGCCGCCGCCAAUGGUGUCAUUACCGGCUACAAGAUAAUCUACGGGCCCUCCGAGUCCUGGCACGACGAGAACACCAAGGACACGAAAAUCACUUCGUCGAGCGAGACCAUUCUCCACGGCUUGAAGAAGUUUACCAACUACAGCAUGCAGAUCCUUGCUUUCACCUCGGGCGGCGAUGGUGUCAAGUCCGCCCCCAUCCACUGCCAAACCGAACAAGACGCUCCCGAAGCUCCGACGGCCAUAAAAGCCUUGGUCAUGUCUGCCGAUUCGAUCCUGGUGUCUUGGCGUCCGCCCUCCCAGCCGAACGGUGUCAUCUCUCAGUACAUCGUUUACACGAAAGCCAACAACACGGAGCAACCUACCAGCCAAAAGGUCCCCCCGAACCAGUUGACCCACGAGAUUUCGGGCCUCGAUGAGAAACGCCGCUACGACUUUUGGGUCACGGCCAGCACGAACAUUGGCGAAGGCCAGCUUUCCAAGAUCGUGAAUCUCGCACCGAGCGCCAGUGUACCGGCGAAAAUCGCAUCCUUCGACGACAAAUUCGUCGCAACGUACAAGGAGGACGUGAAAUUGCCGUGCCUCGCGGUGGGCGUUCCCGCACCGGAGGUCACCUGGAAGGUACGUGGCGUCAAACUCGCGCCCACCGACAGACUGCGACAACUACCCGAGGGCUCGCUCUUCAUCAAAGAGGUCGAUCGCACCGACGCCGGGGAGUACUCGUGCUACGUCGAGAACACCUUCGGACACGACACCGUCACCCACCAGCUCGUUGUACACGCUCCACCGCACUCGCCCCAAGUGACGCUCACCGCCACGACCACGAACUCCAUAACGAUGAAACUGCGUCCGCAUCCCAACGACAACGCGCCGAUUCACGGCUACACGAUUCACUACAAACCGGAAUUUGGGGACUGGGAGACCGUGCAAAUAAGCUCGAUAGCCCUCAAGUACACUUUGGAGAACCUAUGGUGCGGAUCCCGCUACCAGAUCUACGUUACCGCUUACAACGCGAUCGGCAUGGGCGAGCCCUCCGAUAUACUAAACACCCGGACAAAGGGCUCGAAACCCAUAAUACCCGAGGCCUCGAGGUUCAUCGAGGUGUCGACCAAGAGCAUAACCCUGCACCUCCACGCUUGGUCCGACGGUGGCUGUCCCAUGCUCUACUUUGUCGUCGAGCACAAAAAAAAGCACCAGCAAGAGUGGAACCAGGUGUCGAACAACGUCAAGCCCGGCGGUAACUUUGUCGUGAUGGACCUCGACCCGGCCAGUUGGUAUCACCUUCGGGUGACCGCGCACAACAACGCGGGCUUCGCCGUCGCCGAGUACGAGUUUGCCACCCUCACCAUAACCGGAAGCACCAUUGCGCCGGCCCGCGAGCUCCCGGACGUAAACGGCGGGGACAGCAGUGGCGACGAUCCCAUGAGAAUAUUCAUGGCCAACCUGAAUCUGGUGGUGCCCGUCGUCGCGGCCGUGCUCGUCAUUAUCGUGGCGGUCAUCGUGAUCUGCGUCCUCAAGGGCAAGGGUGAUCACGACGUGGUGUAUCAACAAACCGGAGUGGUCGGGGCUACCCUGGACAAGAGAAGACCGGACCUACGGGAUGAGUUGGGCUACAUCGCGCCGCCUAAUCGCAAACUGCCACCCGUGCCCGGAUCGAAUUACAACACCUGCGACCGCAUCAAACGCGGAACGGUCAUAAGCAUGGAGGACGAGAUCUGUCCGUACGCGACGUUCCACUUGUUGGGCUUCCGCGAGGAGAUGGACCCCAGCAAGGCGAUGCAGUUCCAAACGUUCCCCCAUCCAGUGAACGGCCACUCGGGCACGAUGGGUCCCACGGUCGGGCACCCAGCCAACUCCUCGGCCCACAGCCGCUCCGGCUCCCAAUCGAUGCCAAGACAGAACGGUACGCGGUACUCGCGCGUGCCCUCCCAGGGCGGGAACACCAAUAUCUUUACGCCCGAGUACGACGACCCGGCAAACUGCGGUGGCCCGGACGAGGACCAGUACGGGUCGCAGUACGGGCAGUACGGGGCGCCCUACGAUCACUACGGCUCGCGUGGCUCGGUAGGGCGUAGGUCCGUGGGCUCGCUGCGCAACCUGCCCGUGUCCAACUCGCCCGAGCCGCCACCCCCACCGCCCAGGAACCACGACCAGAGCAACUCGAGCUUCAACGACAGCAAGGAGAGCACCGACAUCAACGACCAGGACGACCGCGACCAACUCAUACGCAAUUACUCCGCAAAUUCUCACGGCAAGGAUACCAAGACAGCCGAAGAAAUGCGUAAGCUCAUCGAAAGAAACGAAAGCGGGAAGCAAAGCAGCUGCAGUCUCGGGAACCACGCAGGACUCCUCACAUCCUACGAUACUGUGGCAAUGUAAUCUGUAAAUUUGUCGACUACCAAAAAAACAAAAAGACACGAUACCGAUCGAUCGAUCAAACGCCGGUGAGCUUCGUAAGGAUAUACAUAUAUUUCAGCGGAUUUCCUUUAACUGCCAUUUUUUUCACUUUUCAUCGACGUGUUUUCAGUCCCCUUUUCAUCUAAUUCUUCUAACCGUAUACACAUAAUAUAACAUUACGUAAAAAAAAGAAAGAAAAAAAAAUUAAAUCUACGACGACGACAGAAGGCUGAUAUUUUACACAAAUCGAUAUCGUUCGCACCAUGUGCUGUCAUCGUCACUGUUAUUACUAUCACUGCCAAUGUCAUUGACAUGUAUAUUAUUAAAACUCCGUUACAGGUGAACACCUAGUAAAUUAUCGAUCAAAGAAAAAAAAAAAAAAAAAAAAAAAAAGUCGAGAGAUCGAAAAACACACGAGUCAAACGCCACUUGCGUAAAACGAUCGUUUUACCGCGAAAGACAAUUAAUUCACACCGUGGGCCAAUUCAACUAGUCAGUAAAAUCGACGUUACGUUGAACAGCAUCCACACCGGCGCUUCAGUUUCUUCGGAGGCACUUUUCUUGCUAUAUAUAUACAUACGCUUGUAUGUAAUCAAAACAAAGCCAUCGGUCCCGGAGUUGGCUCGAGUUGCCACUCGAGAAUAAAUCACGCGCCAAAAGGCCAUUCAACAGUAAUAUAAUGGUAGUGAUACCGAUAAAAGUAAUGACGAUGAGAAAAUAUUGGACGUUUUUUUUUUUUUUUUAUAAUAUCCGCGUCGUAAACAGCAGAGGGCUUCAAAAAGAUAGCACAAAAUAUAGGGGGGUCGUGGGGGCGGGAGUAAAAUCGUAAUC